AUGGAGCAAGUUUAUAAUUCAGAAACUAAAAACGAAAAUAAGGAGAACACCGUUCUGCCUUGCCAAGACCAGUACUUUGUAGGAGGCCAGAGCUAUAAUUGCCCGUAUUCCGGUACAACGUCAGAAUCUAAUGUUGACGUUUCCACGGAGACUUGGGUCUCUUUCUGGGCUGCUGGUCUCCUGGACAACAGAGAGGCCCAACAAGCACCACAGGCACAGGAAUCAUCCAGUGACUCGAAUUUCCCUGUUCUUAAUUCGUGUUCAUGGGAAGAGGCUCAGCUUUCCUCUCAGCUCUACAGAAACAAGCAGCUCCAAGAUACUCUGGUGCAGAAGGAAGAAGAACUUGCUAGGUUACAUGAAGAGAAUAAUCAUCUCAGACGAUACCUGAAUUCUGCUUUAGUUAAAUGUCUUGAGGAAAAAGCCAAGAAAUUGCUGUCAUCAGAUGGGUUCUCCAAAGCAUGUGGAAAAUUCAGAAAGGGGAAGAGGAAACCCAAAGAGCAAAGAUAUUUUCCUCCUGAGAUUCCCCAUCAUAAAAAUGCCAAAAGAAACCUCUCUAGUGAAUUUGCUAACUGUGAACAACCUGGGCCCCCUGUGGAUCCCUGGGUUCUUCGAACACUGGGGUUGAAAGACCUCAACACCAUUGACGACACCUCAUCAGCUAACUACAGUGCCCUCUCGUCUCAUCCCAGGCGGACCACAAGCACAUUUCCCCAGUUUCUGGAUGAUGCAGUUGAUUAUCCCAGUGCCUCCGGGGAAGAUCUGCCAACUGACUAUGGAGGUGACAGAACAACCCCCUCACACAGCACUGCCAGCCACAGGGAAGAUUUUCACUUCCUUUCUCAACUUUCAAAUCCCCCAGGAAGACUACAAUCUCUUCCUUACUAUACUUCUGAUGUGUCACCCAAUAAGACAGAGAUGGCCUUUUCCACAUCCCUGAGCCCUCACUGUAAUGUGAAAACUCACUCCUUCCACCAGGGACAAGCUUUUGUUCGUAGAGAUGAAGAAGGAGGCUGGAAGUUUACCUGGGUCCCUAAGCAGUCUUAG